GCGAGGGCAGGAAUCCCACAAUAGCAGGCAAAGGAGUUUUUCCUUUUUUUCAGCGCAGAGCUGGUGGCUGUUUCAAUCAAAGGGAAGCCAGAGAGGGAAGGGAGGCUCUGCGGAGAGAUGUAAGAUGGCAGAGCUACAAAUGUUGUUAGAGGAAGAGAUUCCGGCCGGUAAAAGAGCGCUUGUGGAGAGUUACCAAAACCUCACCAGAGUAGCAGACUACUGCGAGAACAAUUAUGUCCAGGCCCAGGACAAGAGGAAAGCUCUGGAGGAGACCAAAGCCUACACCACCCAGUCCCUGGCCAGCGUGGCCUACCAGAUCAAUGCCUUAGCCAACAAUGUGCUGCAGCUGCUGGACAUCCAGGCCUCGCAGCUGCGGCGCAUGGAGUCCUCCAUCAACCACAUCUCUCAGACGGUGGACAUCCAUAAGGAGAAGGUGGCCAGGCGGGAGAUCGGGAUCCUGACCACGAACAAGAACACGGCCAGGACCCACAAGAUCAUAGCGCCGGCCAAUAUGGAGCGGCCAGUCAGGUACAUCAGGAAGCCCAUCGACUACACUGUACUGGACGAUGUCGGCCACGGUGUCAAGUGGUUAAAAGCCAAGCAACAUGGAAACAAUCAGUCUAUCAGAGGAGGAACACUAUCGAGGACCAAUCCACCGACGCAGAAGCCGCCCAGCCCUCCGAUGUCAGGGCGUGGCACACUUGGGCGCAACACGCCCUACAAGACCCUGGAGCCAGUGAAGCCGCCCACGGUGCCCAACGACUACAUGACAAGCCCUGCUCGAAUAGGCAGCCAACAUGGCCAGCAUAGCCCCGGACGCACGGCGUCGCUCAACCAGAGGCAACGCACACACAGUGGAAGCAGCGGGGGCAGCGGCAGCAGGGAGAACAGCGGCAGCAGCGGGAUCGGCAUUCCCAUCGCCGUGCCUACGCCCUCCAUCCCCAACUCUGGGCCAGUCCCGCCCAUGUCCGCUCCCCCGGGAGCCGCUCCGCCUCCCCCGCCCCCUCCUCUACCUCCACCUGCUCCUCCUAUGGCCGGGUUUGCCCCCCCAGCCCCACCUCCUCCUCCUCCUCCUCCUGCUGCUCCACCUGCUCCUCCCGUGGCCGGGCUCGCCCCCGCGGCGCCCCCGCCGCCGCCGCCGCCGCCCAUAGCGGUGGCCCCUGGGCCUGGUCUGGGCCCCGCUCCAAUGUCCCAGUUCGGAACCAUCUCGCGGCAGAUUUCGCGGCACAACCCCUCCAACUCCUCUAUCUCUAUGGUUUCGGCCACGGGCACCUACCGCCGGGCGCCGUCGGUCACUUCGCAGUUCUCCUUGCAGCAGCAGCAGCAACUACAGCAGCAGCAACUACAGCAGCAGCAGCAGCAACUACAGCAGCAACAGCAGCAGCAGCAGCAGCAGCAGCAACAGCCUCAUAUUAAUGGAGGCACUCCUGGCUACGGCCAGAACUCAAUGUCUAUCGCUCCUCCUCCUCCCCCCAUGCCCCAGCUGACUCCACAGAUACCUCUGACUGGCUUUGUGGCCAGGAUGCAGGAGAGCAUUGCAGAUACCCCGACUCCUCCUCCGCCGCCUCCCCCGGAUGAUUUGCCCAUGUUCGACGACUCCCCGCCGCCCCCGCCGCCUCCUCCCGUAGACUACGAGGAGGAGGACGCCGCCGUCGUACACUACAACGACCCCUACGCCGACGGGGACCCACAGUGGGCCCCCAAGAACUACGUGGAGAAAGUGGUGGCCAUCUACGACUACACCCGGGACAAGGACGACGAGUUGUCCUUCAUGGAGGGGGCGAUCAUUUACGUCGUCAAGAAGAACGACGACGGCUGGUUCGAGGGCGUGUGCAACGGCAUCACCGGCCUGUUCCCCGGGAACUACGUAGAGUCCAUCAUGCACUACGCUGACUGAAGGGACACCGUGGUAAAGAAAAAAUAGAAAAAAUAAAGAAAAGUAGUUUAUUUAUUCAGUCAUAUCAUAAUCCACUGAGAGACUGACAGCAGCAAUCUGAAUCCUGAGAAGGAUAGACAUAAUUGUAUGAUCCCUUUUUUGUUUUUGAUAUGACAGAAUGUUCCUUCCCUUAAUGAUUUCAAAUAAAAUGAAAAGUAAUAUCUAUUUAGUUUAUUUUGGUGUUAUAAGGACGGGGUGGGGGGCAUUUAUGGAAUAUGUAAAGGUCUCUAAAGGAUUGGACUUCACACGCUCAGACGGGUUAAGUGUUAAGAUAUGACAGAACUAAAAAAUCCACCGUGAGCUGCAGCCACUCCGCAAUGUAAAUCCACUGAAUGUCGAUUAUGAUUCCUCAGCUCCACACGGGGAAAUAAACACAGACGGCCUGUUGAUACUUUACAAAUUCAAAUACUGUAAAUGGUAUUUCAAUCUUGGCGUUAACCGCAUGCAAAUCUUUUGAGAUAUAAUGUAAUCUUAAGUUUACUGCCACUAUGCUUCCAUUAUGUUGUAAAUGUAUUCAUCUUUUUUUUUUUUUAUUACACUGUUGAAAGAAAUCACUGAACUUUUUUUUUUUUUUAGACUCUGAAGUACAUUUCCCACCAAGGGCAUGUAGGUUCUUGUUUUCAUCAAAUGUGAACUUUCAAACAGGAGCAUUUUCACAACGAUAUCAUCAAAACGAAUGGAUAAACUGUAAAACAACUCUUGGUUUUGGUGCGUCCUCACCUUCCAAAACUCAAAAACCUUUUCAGUGCAUUCAGAUCUGCUCCUACACCAAGAGAACACAUUCCAUUUUAGGACCACGUCACAUCACUGCUCAUUUCUUAACUAAUCCACACAGGAUCCAUUGGUAACUUCCAGUAACGGGCUACGGUUCUGAUAGGCGUGCAGUGAUUAUUAGACAGGAUUUUUUUUUUUCCCCCACCGCCCAACACUGCCAUGUGACAAUUCAGACGUAAUAACGUAGACCAAUGAACAACUCUAAUACCUCCUCGUAGCGACAGCGGCCUGCUCUAUUCGAGGACCGCGUUGAAUGCUAGAAACAGGUGUACAUACUACCAGAACUCCAGUAGAAAAAUAAAAAUCAGCAAACAUUAGAUAUCACUCAGGUCUGGAAAUCACCUUGACAGCAUUGUAUUUUUUGUGUGUGUGUGUUGGCCCGAAAACAAACUUUUUUUUUUUAAUACAUUACCUGCAGCUAAUGCCUUGACAUUUGGCCCAGUUUCAUUUAAAAGUGUUCCAGCUCAAUAUAAUGGUUAGAAAUAUUAAGAUCUUCCCUUCAUUUGUAUAUAUAAUAUGUUGAUUGAAAAAUUAAUGUACAGUCUUUUAUAAUAAACAAUUCUAUGUACAAUA